AUGAAUGAACAAGAAUUACAAGGUUAUUUACGUACUGAAAUCGCAGAUGAAAAUAAAUGGAAUGAAACUUACAACGUUACAGAUUUGGUUGAAAUAGUAAAUAUAACUGAUGUGGACGAAAAUGUUAGAGAGGUGAACAAUUGGUGGGGAUUAGUGGCUCUGGUGUUGGUCGUAUGUACUGCCGCAGGAAAUGUGCUGGUGUGUCUUGCGAUUUAUUUAGAAAGGAGACUGCAAAAUGUGACGAACUAUUUUCUAAUGUCGUUGGCAAUAACUGAUCUGCUAGUUGCUAUACUAGUGAUGCCUUUGGGAAUAUUGACGCUUGUAAGAGGUUACUUUCCACUGCCAGCCGUAUAUUGCCUAACGUGGAUCUGCUUGGACGUGCUUCUCUGCACGGCAUCCAUCAUGCAUCUAUGCACCAUCAGCGUUGAUAGAUAUUUAUCGCUCCGGUACCCGAUGAGGUUCGGAAGGAAUAAGACGAGGAAGAGAGUGACGGUUAAAAUCGUAUUCGUGUGGAUACUCUCAACGGCCAUGAGUCUGCCUUUAAGUUUAAUGUAUUCUAAGAAUGAAGAAUCAGUCCUCAUCGGUGGUUCCUGUCAAAUACCAGAUCCUUUAUAUAAAGCUAUCGGCUCUGUGAUAUCUUUCUACAUUCCUCUCGGCGUGAUGUUACUCACCUACGCGCUUACAGUGCAACUACUAGCAAGACAGAGGAAAGGCCUAGGCCAAGGAUGGGCCGCUGGGUGGCUUGGUGCGAUUCCGAUUGAAAGACGAUGCACCUGGCGCAGAUUUCUUAGUCCAAGGGGCGGAACCCCUCAACAUUCGGCAGCAUCUACUGAAACUGAAUUGCCUCCCAUAGAUACCAGAGAUUUAUGGCUUCAAGAUUCUAGCGAACCCGCCCCUUCAGCAAUGAGUGCACUGCAUCAUUUCGGGGCAGAGAUGUUGCGUCUGUCUCGCGGCUUGGAAGCUUCCGCAGCAUCUAAACCGUCUAGCAGAGGGACAAACAUAUCUGAACGGGGAGGAAUGCUUACACCAGGAUCUCUAAGUGUUUCUUCUAGCUCCCCAUCAUCAAUGCUUCAGGAAAAACGACGGCUAUCAACUUGUGAUACAAAUACGCCCUUGAAUAGACCACGCAGUGCAUCUGAUGAUGACACAAAUGAUGGACUGCUUGCACCUGUUACAUUGACAACCAAGUCCAGGAGUUCAGAGGAUGGUCUUUUAUUACCACCACCUUGCACUUGUCCUUAUUUUGGGUCAGAUGCGACACCGCCAAGGCGCACUACGGAAGUAAUUAUAGUUCCAGGAGGCGACAUAACUGACUGCAACGGGUAUCCUAGGAAUGGAAACUUGAAAAACGAUGAACCUUCAACGCCAUUUUUUAGACGAUCUAGUCGGGGUACAUCUUCUAUAGUUACUUGGGAAGAAGCAAGGAGAUUUAGAAGAGGAUCUAGUUUCGGUGGUGCUCGAACAACACUUACUACAUCUGCGAGAACUAUUCGGAACCAAAGGUCAAUUAACAAUCGUCAACAAACUAAUGUUACUCCCAGCCCUCAGCGUCAGCUUCCUAGAACUCAUCAUUCAAGAAAUUCCAGUGUUAUAUCUCGCAAUUCAUCUCGGCACGGACGAAUCUUACGAUUGGAACAAAAAGCAACUAAGGUACUCGGGGUAGUAUUCUUCACUUUUGUUGUUCUUUGGGCUCCAUUUUUCAUUCUCAAUAUGGUUCCUGUAGUGUGUCCUGAAUGUGAAAGAAGAAUUGCGAUCGAGAAGGUAGCCCGCACCCUGGGAGCGCGUCCGUCCAACGUCGGAUCCCGGCCUCGGCGCGCUCUCAGUAAAUAG